AUGGCGACGGGCCUGCUCCUGCUCAUCAUCACGCUCCAACUCGCCAUCUGGCGCACCGUCUCCCCUCCCACAUGCGCUACACAAGUCGGCUCCUCGUACAGAGACCUGGCGCCAGAGUUUCCAGUGGAGGUGAUACAGUGGGCCGCAGAUGCCUCCUUCGUGCCCCUCACCGCGUCUGCAUUUCUCCAACCCCGCGUGCAAGCACAGUGGGAAACCCUGUUCCCGCCCUCGGCCAACGCAGCCUUCCCCGCCGACGGCCUGGUGUACAAUUCGACCAGCGUAACGCACCAGCUGCACUGCGUGUACAUCAUGGGCAAGAUCUUCUCGUCGGUCGUGACGGGGGUGGCGGCGGAGGAUAUGCCCGAGCCCGGCGACUACGAGGCGCAUUUCUUGCACUGUGUGGAUUACAUGCGGCAGGCGGCCAUGUGUGCGGGGGAUGUGGCCAUUGAGCCGAGGGGGGAGAGGGAGGGGGAGAGGGGCGCGGUCAGCCUGGAGAAUGCGUUCAAUGGAAAACAUGUGUGCAAGGCAUAUGGCAGCGUAAGGGAGUAUUUGGAGCAGGAGCUGAGGGCGGGGAGGAGGGAUAUCCUGCCGUUGGAUGAUUAG